GGGGUCGUGUCGAGGAUGAGAGACUCCAAAUAUUUACCACCUUGGCAAAACUAAAUAUCUUUAUUUCCGAACUGGGCUUCCCUCGCUCUUGUAUAUAUAAAUACCUUUCGACCACGCAUGAGUUUGGGCGGAAUUUGGCGACCGUAAAGAGGAGUAUCUGUACACGUUAAAAAGUCGACAAAAUGUAUUCCUCUGCUGGAGCCACCGAGAUGCUUGAGGGACCCCGUCCCUCAGGGUCAGUAAGCUCUGACCCCCCUGAAUCAGACGCCCCAUCUUCCCCGGUGCCAGAAUACGUGUUCAAGCCACCAUCACGGCCAGAUUUUGGCACCAUGGGCAGGACAAUCAAGCUCCAGGCCAACUUCUUUGAGAUGGAAAUCCCCAAACUGGAGGUCUACCACUAUGACAUCGACAUCAAACCUGAGAAAUGUCCCAGGAGGGUCAAUCGAGAAAUUGUGGAGCACAUGGUCCAGCACUUUAAAACGCAGAUCUUUGGUGAUCGAAAACCAGUGUAUGACGGGAGGAAGAAUCUGUAUACUGCCAUGCCCCUGCCCAUCGGCAGAGACAAGGUGGAGCUUGAGGUGACCAUUCCAGGUGAAGGCAAAGACCGCAGCUUCAAAGUUUCCAUCAAGUGGGUGUCCUGCGUUAGCCUGCAAGCUCUGCACGAGGCACUCUCAGGACGACUACCCAGUGUCCCCUUUGAGACCAUUCAAGCCUUGGAUGUGGUCAUGAGACAUUUGCCCUCUAUGAGGUAUACCCCAGUGGGCCGCUCUUUCUUCACUCCCUCAGAGGGGUGUUCAAACCCCCUUGGUGGAGGCAGAGAAGUGUGGUUUGGCUUCCACCAGUCUGUCAGGCCCUCCCUUUGGAAAAUGAUGCUCAAUAUCGACGUUUCGGCCACUGCGUUCUACAAAGCCCAGCCUGUAAUUGAGUUCAUGUGUGAGGUCUUGGAUUUCAAAAGCAUUGAAGAACAACAGAAGCCCUUAACAGACUCUCAAAGAGUGAAGUUUACGAAGGAAAUCAAAGGCCUGAAGGUGGAGAUCACUCAUUGUGGGCAGAUGAAGAGGAAGUACAGAGUGUGCAAUGUGACCAGAAGACCAGCCAGUCAUCAAACGUUCCCCCUGCAGCAGGAGAAUGGUCAAACUAUUGAAUGCACAGUAGCACAGUACUUCAAAGACAAGUACAAGCUCAUCCUGAGAUACCCCCACCUGCCAUGUCUACAGGUGGGACAGGAGCAGAAGCACACCUACCUACCUCUAGAGGUGUGUAACAUAGUGGCAGGACAGCGUUGCAUCAAAAAACUGACAGACAAUCAGACCUCCACUAUGAUCCGUGCCACAGCCCGAUCAGCACCAGACCGUCAGGAUGAGAUCAGUAAACUGAUGAGAAGUGCCAACUUCAACACUGACCCUUAUGUUCGUGAAUUUGGAGUGAUGGUGAGGGACGAGAUGACAGAAGUGAACGGCCGUGUCCUUCAAGCACCCUCCAUCCUGUAUGGAGGCAGGAACAAAGCAAUAGCCACACCAAUCCAGGGAGUAUGGGACAUGAGGAACAAGCAGUUCCACACUGGCAUUGAGAUCAAAGUGUGGGCCAUUGCUUGCUUUGCACCACAGAGACAGUGCACUGAACUCCUGCUCAAAGCAUUCACAGAUCAGCUUAGGAAGAUCUCCCGAGAUGCAGGGAUGCCCAUCCAGGGUCAACCUUGCUUCUGUAAGUACGCCCAGGGCGCGGACAGCGUGGAGCCUAUGUUUAGGCACCUCAAGUAUACAUACCAGGGCCUCCAGCUGGUUGUAGUCAUCCUACCGGGGAAGACACCUGUUUACGCUGAAGUGAAACGUGUUGGAGACACAGUCCUUGGCAUGGCCACACAGUGUGUGCAGGUGAAGAAUGUUCAAAAGACGACACCUCAGACCCUCUCCAACCUCUGUCUGAAGAUCAACGUCAAGCUAGGCGGUGUCAACAACAUCUUACUCCCACAGGGCAGGCCGUUGGUGUUCCAGCAGCCUGUGAUCUUCCUCGGCGCAGAUGUGACUCAUCCGCCUGCAGGAGAUGGAAAGAAGCCUUCUAUUGCUGCUGUCGUUGGUAGUAUGGACGCCCAUCCCAGCCGAUACUGUGCCACAGUCCGGGUGCAGCAGCACCGCCAGGACAUCAUCCAGGACCUGGCCACCAUGGUGAGGGAGCUACUCAUCCAGUUCUACAAGUCCACCCGCUUCAAGCCCACCAGAAUCAUCUACUACCGAGACGGUAUCUCUGAGGGCCAAUUCAACCAGGUUCUUCAGCAUGAACUGCUGGCGAUCCGUGAAGCCUGCAUCAAACUAGAGAAGGACUACCAGCCUGGCAUCACCUUCGUGGUUGUACAGAAGAGACACCACACAAGACUGUUCUGUAUGGACAGGAACGAGAGGGUUGGGAAGAGUGGCAACAUUCCUGCAGGCACCACAGUGGACACCAAAAUCACUCACCCAUCAGAAUUUGACUUCUACCUUUGCAGUCAUGCUGGCAUACAGGGUACCAGCAGGCCGUCUCACUACCACGUGCUCUGGGACGACAACCACUUCUCUUCAGAUGAACUGCAGGUCCUCACGUACCAGCUCUGCCACACCUAUGUGCGCUGCACCCGGUCAGUUUCCAUCCCAGCACCAGCCUACUACGCCCAUUUGGUGGCUUUCCGUGCUCGCUAUCACUUGGUGGACAAAGAGCAUGACAGUGCUGAAGGCAGUCAUACGUCAGGCCAGAGCAACGGGCGCGACCACCAGGCCUUGGCUAAGGCCGUUCAGAUCCACCAGGACACCCUGCGCACCAUGUACUUUGCCUGAUAGCACACAACCCCAGGUUAGCGUGGGUGAGACCCCAUUGAUGGAACACACUACCCCUCGCUGUCUUAGUGUCAGCUGUUGAUAGCAUCAAAGUGGUUUCACAUCAUGAUCUCCCUACCUAACACACCUGUCAGUUACCCAGUAUAUCUACAAUUGUACUUCAGCCCACAUGUGAAAGCCCCUGACCGACCUAAACCAAGCCAGCUAUUAGACUGUAAGAUGCAAAAAGAAUUCCUCUUUCUUUGGUUUUGAGCUAGAAGAGGUUUUAUCUUCAUGUUGUCCGUUAGUGUGUAUUUGUAUUUGUUGUAGGGAAAUGUGGCGCAAAGUGUGAAAGGAAACGGAAACGUGUGUACACCAAUACACAAAACCUAGCAUUUCUACACUAGUGGGCAGUAUCAUUAUACAGUGGGGUGCUUUAUAAUUUAGAAAAAGCCAUUCACCCUCCUUCUCCUGUUUUUAUUCUGUCUCGGUGCUUUAAAGGCGAAAAGCGCCAUCAAAAGAUGGUGGGGGCACGUUCACUGUUUAUUUGCCUAAUAAUUUGCUCCUCUGACAAAUAUAUUAUUUAUCAGCCAAUCAAAGCAAAGUGCACUGACCAGAAUGGGUACUUCAAUCAGGACAUAAGUACUUAAUACGUUUAAGAUUGUGAGUGAUUUUCACAUAGGGCACUAUGUGAUGAAAAAAGUGCCAUUUGAGACCACCUUUCUGUUGUCAUUUCUAUGUAAAACUAUGAGUUAUAUGACCCACAUAUGCUGGGUUUUCAGUAUUUGUCCUUGAUUGACACUGACAACUAUUUUAUGCCAAAUCUGGGACAACUUACUAAAGAAUUCUUUGCGUCAGAUUUGUUAUCAACCCUUGAAACGACACUUAGUUUAUUCUAGAUGGCUUUUAUUAUUCAGAUAGAGAUUGAAUGAACAGCAAUUUUAUUCUUCCCUGUUUCACAUUAUAGUCUGAACUGAUAGAGUUGCACCAUUAACCGAAUCCCCAUGACGAUAAAUAGCAUAUUGGGACUGGUUCCCAACAAGGAUACCUUUCUGAUGUACUCUGAGCCGCGUUGAUGUAAGACACAUUAUGUAGAAAUCAACACAGGGGAACACAAUGAAUUAUUUUUUAGUUCCCUUCUGUUUUUAUAGUCUAUUUUAAUUUCAAUCAUUUUUGUAAUGAAUAUGCAUGUAGCUGACUCAUGUUUUAGACAUUUAGGCAUUUGUGACAAUUGUUUUUUUCUUCCUUUAUACGUAUUAACCCAACUUCUAUUUUUAAUGUAUAUAGCAGCAGAAUAGUGUUUCUGCAGUGUCUUUGUCAGAGCGGGAUAUUUGUGUGGCGUUUUGAUAUCCAGGCAUUCGGUACAGUGGAGUGAAAGGUGCAACAUUUUAGAGUUAAACUAAUCGAAAUUCCCUUAAAAAACAAAAAACAAACAAAAACCUUAUAAUUAUAGUGUUUGCUCCAGGAAUUGAGAGCAGGUGUCGCACAAAGCUUGAGUUUUAUGCAAUUGACUUUUUGUGAGUCUUUAUACUAUAUAGUAAUGUUGGGAAUAAGGUAUAUUUUGAAUAAGCUUUCAGCAGAGGCUGCUGAAAAUAUAGAGAUGUUUUUUUUUAAACAACUGGCCCAUAUGUAGUCUAAAUUAACACUGUCUAUUUGUAUACAGAUUUUAAAUGCAAAUAUUCUCUUGCCUUUUAAGACUGGUAUGGUCUUACUAAUAAUUGUAGACGUUUCCUAACAUCCCACCUAAAUUUUACUAAGUUAAGCUGGCGAAUGUUCACUUAGUCUUGAUUGGAGGCAAGUAGUCUAUAUUUUCUAACUAUGCAUCAUUUUUAACCAAGAGAUUUAGUAGUGGGGGUAUCUCACAUGAAUUUGGGUCAUUUAUAGAGGUAGAUAAUCAGGGCUUUUUCUUUUUGGUUUAUGUUGUUUUUUAGCAUGUCGCAUUUAAUAGCGUUUCUUAGUGCUUUUCAGCAUCUUCAUACCUUUCUAAGGGAUGAAGUAUAUAUGUGGUCAUUUGUAACAUUGUAGAUUUUAUAGCCUGAAAAUUAGGCGUAUCCUUUGUAACACACAAAUCUUUCUUAGCCAAACAAGAUUACAAACUUUUACAUGAUUAAUAUUCAAAAGACAUGGAAGCACAAAAGGACAUCUUGAUUCUAGGUGCUAGAAGUUUUCACUGUAAACCACCUUAAAUCCUCACUGGACUGGUCCACAAGGCUUUUUACUUGUAUGCUUAAGAAAAAGAAAAAAAAAAAAAAGAUGCUUCAUCAUUUUGAGGAUCUUUCUCUCCCUAUGACGACCUGUCUGUGUUACCCUUUUUACUCAUUACCUGUAAAGCAACUAUAAAUCCGACUGACUGUGUUUGUGGGGCAUUUUGAAAAUCACGUACUUGAUAUUUACUGUUAUGAUGUCAAUAUUGUUCUUAUCGGUGCUGGUCUCACAACAUGUAAAUUUGGAUGCACUUUUGAUAGCAGAACGAUGAUUUCUAUAGAUGUGUGUGCCUCGAUCGAAACAGGAGGCUCAGCCAUAUUGUGUGACACUGGUGUAAUUGUAUGGAAAUGGCCGUGUGUUCUACCUCUUGUUACCUGUUUAAGUGUUAUGGUAACAUCACACUGCUGGCCAUUUCUGUAUAAUUACCCCUGCUAUCUGUCUAAUUGGCAUUGUUUGGAGUCUUGCAUUGACGGCAGAAAUUUUAGACGCUUUGUAUGCAUGAUGAUGGUGAACACGCUUUCUCAGUUUAUAUGUAGUUGUGUGAUUUUUUUUUUUCAUAGUUUUACUCAAACUGAUGUCAAGAGUGAAUGUGUGUUUGGUUUUUUUUUUUGUAGGGGUUUUGCGUGUUGAGCUGUACGACCAAAUUCUUGAAGUGUGUUUUUAUUCACACGCAGCUUUCCCUUCUUUCUUUCCUUUUUAUUCUAUGCACCAAUGAAACAACCAUUUUA